UUAUUUCGCGCUAAAAAAAGCCCCCCGACUGAAAUCGUACAGUGAACAAACGGGAGCUUCACCCGUGCGCAUUGUCCCCCCGUGUCACGUUAACACACCGACACACUAAGAUGCUACCUUGCGCCGGGAUGAGAAAAUGCCUCUUAACCUAUACAAACCUCCAAGCCCCCUUCUCUUCCGUUCUCUCUUUCUCCUCCUCUCCAGUUUGGUGGUUUUGAUUAGGGCAAAAUCGAAGAAAAUCUCUUGCUUUUAUCCAGGUUCUGUUUUUUUAACGUAUUUUAUCUUACCUUUGCUUGUUUUUCCAAGUUAAUGUAGCUUAAUCACUACACAACACAAAACCCAUUUAACGAUUUCACCAAGUUAGAAUCUUUGGACUAGGGUUUUCAAAUGGGCUCUUUAGCUUGAAUGACAAUGAAAGUUACAAACUUGAGCAUGAUAUGGUGUGGUCAUGGUGAUUUUGAUGUGCUGUUGUAAUCGGUGUUAAUGUGAAAAUUUGUUGAAAUGGGUAAUGUGGAAAUACCCAAAUGGCUAAAAGGGUUGCCUUUGGCACCCGAGUUUAGGCCAACUGAUACUGAAUUUGCAGACCCAGUUGCAUAUAUAUCGAAAAUUGAGAAGGAAGCUAGUGCUUUUGGGAUUUGUAAGAUCAUACCCCCAUUGCCUAAGCCUUCGAAAAGAUAUGUUUUUAGUAACUUGAAUAGGUCGCUUUCUAAGUGUCCGGAGUUGGGUGAUGAUGUGGACUUGUCGAAUGUUUGUUCCUCGUCAAACGGUGGUUUAAGGGAUGGUGGUAAUGAUGGGGAGAAUAGGGCGGUGUUUACAACUAGGCAGCAGGAGUUAGGGCAGUGUGUGAAGAAAGCAAAAGGGAUGGUUAAGGAGAAUCUGCAAUCAGGUGUUCAUAAGCAAGUGUGGCAAAGUGGGGAGGCUUACACAUUGGAACAGUUUGAGUCAAAGUCUAAGGCUUUUGCAAGGAGUUUGUUAGGUAUGCUUAAGGAGGUUAAUCCAUUGGUUAUAGAGGCAUUGUUUUGGAAGGCAGCUUCUGAGAAGCCUAUCUACGUGGAAUAUGCAAAUGAUGUGCCUGGUUCGGGUUUUGGGGAACCAGAAAGCCACUCUAGGUACUUUCCUAGACGGAGGAGGAAGAGGGCAUCAUAUCAGUCUUAUCGCAGGAGUAGAGAAAGCCCUGUUUGCAGUACAAAUGAUAUGGAUGAUGUAAAGAAUUCCCAUAAUGAUGAGGUUAAAGGUGUUUCCAUUAAGAAUGUGCCAAGCUUGUGUUUGGAGACGACACCCAGGUCAUCUAUGGCAUCUUUGACUUCAUUCGCAGAGGAUAAUCUGAUGUAUUCUAAGCAAAAAAGUGUAACUGCAACUAAUGAUAUGGAAGGUACUGCAGGUUGGAAACUUUCAAAUAGCCCUUGGAAUCUGCAGGUGAUCGCGCGCUCACCUGGCUCUCUUACACGAUUUAUGCCAGAUGAUAUCCCAGGUGUUACUUCACCUAUGGUCUACAUUGGUAUGUUGUUUAGUUGGUUUGCUUGGCAUGUUGAGGAUCAUGAACUUCACAGCAUGAAUUUUCUACAUACCGGUUCUCCAAAGACUUGGUAUGCUGUCCCUGGAGAUUAUGUAUUUUCUUUUGAGGAAGUUAUACGCACUGAGGCUUAUGGUGGCAAUAUUGAUCGCUUAGCUGCCCUGAGUCUGUUGGGUGAGAAGACAACUCUUCUGUCUCCUAAAGCAAUAAUUUCCUCAGGCAUUCCUUGUUGUAGGUUAGUACAGAAUCCUGGUGAAUUUGUUGUGACUUUUCCAAGGGCCUACCAUGUAGGAUUCAGCCACGGUUUUAACUGUGGGGAAGCUGCCAAUUUUGGAACUCCACAAUGGCUUAAAGUAGCCAAGGAAGCUGCGGUCCGUAGAGCUGCCAUGAACUAUCUUCCCAUGCUUUCACAUCAGCAGCUUCUAUACCUGUUGACCAUGUCUUUUGUUUCAAGGGUGCCGAGAUCCUUACUACCAGGUGCUCGGAGUUCUCGUCUUAGAGAUCGUCAGAGAGAAGAAAGAGAGUUGUCAGUAAAGGAGGCUUUUCUAGAAGACAUGUUAAAAGAAAAUGACAUUUUAUCUGCUUUUCUUGAGAAAAACUCCACUUGUCAUGCGGUGAUAUGGAACCCUGAUUUGCUUCCUUGUGCAAGUAAAGAGUCUCACUUACUCAACAUAACUUCUACUAUUACUACCACACCAAAACAAAAUGCUUCCCAUAAUAAUUUCGAUGUAAAUAGGAAUUGCAAUGAGAAUGACCUGUUUAAGGAGAUGAGCUUGUAUAUGGAAACUCUCGAUGAUUUAUAUAUGGAAGAAGAUGAUUUGUCAUGUGAUUUUCAAGUUGAUUCGGGGACAUUAGCAUGUGUGGCUUGUGGAAUCCUUGGUUUUCCUUUUAUGUCAGUGUUGCAACCACAUGAGAAAGCAUCAAUAGAAUUGAUGCCCGGCGAAGAGCCAAGAGUUACAAGAAUUGAUAAUGUUCAGCCCUCUUUAGACUCUGAUAGCACCGGCAAAGGCUCUGUUUCAGGUGCUAAAGUUAAUCAGUUCGUCCAUUUUUCUGGUUCUGCAGAUGAUCAUGGUCCUGUCAAAGAUUAUUCUGUGCCUCUGAAGGAUCUUCCAAUGCCCACAGGGUGGAACACUUCUCAUAAGUUUUUGAGACCUCGUAUUUUCUGCCUGGAGCAUGGUGUCCAAAUUGAGGAGCUGUUACAGUCUAAAGGUGGAGCUAACUUGCUUAUAAUUUGCCAUUCAGACUAUCAAAAAAUAAAAGCACAUGCUUAUGCCAUCGCUGAGGAAAUUGAGAGUCCUUUCAAUUAUAAUGAGGUUCCUUUAGAAGCUGCAUUGAAAGAAGAUCUGAACUUGAUAAAUCUUGCAAUUGAUGAUGAAGAUCAUCAUGAAUGUGGAGAAGACUGGACAUCAAAACUGGGCAUCAACUUACGGUAUUGUGUAAAGAUCAGAAAGAACUCUCCAUCUAAGAAAGUCCAACAUGCAUUGGCAUUGGGAGGAUUAUUCUCUGACAGAAGUCUCACAGAUUUCUUAAACAUCAAAUGGCAAUCUAGAAGAUCUCGGUCAAGAAUAAAGUUAAAUCAGCCUUUCCAUCCUAAACCAUGCAAGAUUAUUGAACCAGACAAAGAUGAAAUGUCGGGGAAUAAGUCAGAUGGUCUCACUGUCAAAAAAGAGGAAAAACUUGUUCAGUACACUAGAAGGAAGUACAAGGUAAAAAUAGAUUAUUCAACAAAUGGGCUUGAAGGAUGCUCUAGAAGGUGCUUUGCAGAAGAGGUUUCAGGAGCUAGUGGUGAUGAUCCUGAUAAAUAUACUGAACAAACAACUGUAAUUUACCCUUGCAAUAUUGGGAUUACCAGAAGUGGUUCUGCAGGAUUUGGUUUUUCUCCCAUUGAAGAUCCUGAAAUGCUGCAUGAAGUCAAGGUGCUUGAAGCAGCUGGUGGUUUGACCUUGAAUUCUGCUCCAUCACAAGAUGCAUGUUCAGUUCUCACUGCUACUGUUGCUGUCAAAAGUGUUGGGGGCCAGAUUGAGGAUCAACUGCUGAAGGAAUCAAAAAAUGCGAGAAAUAUUUGUAAUGUAAAAGCCAGUGGUACUUCUGAGAUAGAGCAUCAGAUAAAUGCCUCUGGAGGAACCAGUGAAAAACAGGAUUUUUACGCCACAAAAUGCUGUAGUCCAUUCAUCACUGUAGCUAAUGAAAGAUUUGAAAUGCAGAGAGAGGAUCAAGUUUUGGGAAAUGUCAACAUGGGUGAGACUUGUAAUAUGGUUUCUGAAGGGCAACAGAGGGUCCUGGAUGAUGGCGAUGCUUCAGUAGACGAGGUUUCUGAUCUUGCUAACGUAGCAAGUUUACAUGUUUCUCCCCCCCCCAUCGGACUAAGGGCGGAUGUAGUUGUGGAGAAUUCUUUCAUUAACAAUGAGGUAUCUCCUCCUGUGACUUUGGAUGAUGAAGUGAAAAAAGAACUUGUGACUAAAAACAGAACUAAUGGUGACCAAUGCUCUUCAAGUGAUGACACAUUGAUGAAUCAGCCUACUACCUCACUGGAUGAAAGAUGUGGUCAUGAGCAAGAGACCCGUGCUGUACAAAAUAAGACGCAGAAAGAAGCUGAAAUAAAAAAUGGGAGUAAUGAUGAAAUCGUUCCGAGUAAUGUUAUUAGUGUGACUAAUCUUGUGCCUAUAGAUGAAAGUUCUGAAUUUCAUAGAGAGCUGCAUGCCACAGUCAACUUGUGCAAUGGCAUGGCUUUUGAAAAUGGCAAGCAGCUGGUGUUUCAGACCACAAAUGAUUCUAACAAGGAACUUAUCUCAUGUUCUGUUGCACAAAUGGAAAUAAAUUCAUCUACUGCUUCAUCAGAAUUCUCUAAACUUCAUAGGCAGGCCUAUGCUGAAAAUGAUUUGUGCAGUGGCUCAACUUUGGACACCAUUGUGCCACCAGAAAUUCCAACUACAGACAUACGCACUGUGGAGGAACUUGCCUCUAAUUCUGCAACCAUAAAUCAAGAACUUUCUGAAGCUUCAAAAGAGAUUUGUGCUAUUCAAGACUCGUAUGCUUGCAUGGAUUUAGAACCUGAAGUAGAGAAGGAAAUUCAUUCCAGUGAUGGGGUGACUAGAGACAGUGAGGUGCAGAAAAUACACCAGGGCACAAGUUUGAUUAAUGAGGACAUACAUGUUUCUGCUCGUGUUAUUCUGGUAAAUCAGCCGCCGACUCCUUCCCCAGUUAUAAAAUGUUCCAACAUUGAUGACAAAUCAUGUGUUGGAGAAAGCAUGGUGACGUGCAACAAAUUUUUUUCAUCUCAGGAGAUUGAGAGCAUCGAGUCUGCUGUUGUAGACUCUAGACCAACUGCUGGAAAGGGAAGAAAAAGAAAGGGUGAAGUGGAGCAGCUAACAGAAAACAAGUUCGAUAGCAAUGGCUUUAUUAGGAGUCCAUGCGAAGGAUUGAGACCGAGGGCUGGGAAAGAUGUUGGGAAAUCAGCUGAGGAGAAUCCAAUACCAAAGAGGUUAAAGAAACCUUCUAAUGUUUCAGUUUCUCGCUCAAAAAGGAAAGAAAUCACACAAAGAUCUUACAAGUGUGACCUAGAAGGUUGCCGCAUGAGGUUUGAGACAAAAGCAGAGUUACAGUUGCACAAGGGCAAUCGAUGCACAUAUGAUGGAUGUGGUAAGAAGUUUAGUUCCCACAAAUAUGCAAUAGUUCAUCAACGUGUUCAUGAAGAUGAUAGACCCCUCAAGUGUCCAUGGAAGGGUUGCACCAUGUCAUUCAAGUGGGCAUGGGCUAGGAUUGAGCAUAUACGGGUGCACACUGGUGAAAAGCCAUACCAGUGCAAGGUCGAUGGCUGUGGCCUUUCUUUCAGGUUUGUAUCAGACUUUAGUCGGCAUAGGAGGAAAACAGGACACUAUUUGAACACACCUGACUGAAGAUUUGUUUUGUAAUCAGGCUGGCUCUGUACCAUAUGAAAAUGAGAUUGAAUUGAGGCCAAAGCGGCCUGCAAAGUCGUAUAAAAGCUUGAAUGUUGUAGGUUAGGGUUAGACUGAUCCUUUUGUAGCGGGGGCAUACAUUCUUCAAUUAUUUGAAUUCAGUGAUAGUUGAAAACCCCUUUUCCUGUUCCUAA